AGCACCCUUAGAAUGAGCUGCCAUCGCUAACAGUGGAAACAAGAAAUAGUUUUAUUAAGAAAUUGUGAAGUUUGAGUUGCUAUGGCCGACGAAUUACAAAACUACAAAUGCCAAUUGCAGCAAGUCGAAGCUGCCCUUCAAACAGAUCCCAGCAAUGAAGAACUCUUGAAAUUAAAAGACGAUCUUGAAGAGGUUAUUAAACUAACGCGAGACUUGAUAAAAACUCAACUUGAAGAGCAACGAAAAUCAUCGUACGUAGAACCAUCUUCUUCCAAAACAGCGUCGUCAAAUUACUUUGACGAAAUUGAAGCUGCUCUUUUAGAAGCUGAAAAACUUGUUACAUCCGCGAAAGUUUGGAAAAUCGGAGACAAGUGCCAGGCGAAAUGGACAGAGGACGGCCAGUACUACGACGCAACGAUUGAGGGUAUAACUGGGAAAGGUGAAGUAAGUGUUAUCUUUGAAGCCUAUCAAAAUCGUUCUACAACUACAAUAAAUGAAUUGCGUGAGCGCACAACCCGCAAUGAAGUAUUUCCAUCAAAUAAACGGCAUCGACCCAAUCAAAAAGAAUAUUUAAAGAAAAGAAAACAGAAAAAACAGCAGCGCUUUAAAGAUUUAGAAGAAGAGCGCGAAUCUGACAAAAAUAAAUGGCUUAGUUUUACGACAAAGAAUCAAAAGAAACCAGGAAUGAAAGUGAAUAGUAUAUUCGCAUCGCCCGAUAACGUUAGUGGACGAGUUGGAAUCGGAACAUGUGGAACGGCUGGUAAAGCAAUGACCGAUUUUACGGUUGGCGAAAAAUAUCGCAAAGGUCUGUAGAUUCAUAAGACUUUGUACGCAUUAAAUAAAAAGAUUUUUCAUGUUCACUGCUAGACGUA